CGCAAUAUUACGCAUCUGUUUCACCUCGUCUUCCCUCACGAGGCUCUCAAACAAACCUCACGCGCCAGAAUCUCCUUGCAUCAUCACCCGCGCCGUCGACUCGCCCUCCCGAGCAGCGGUGCACCGCUGUGGCGGAGUCCUUGACGGGGACGAGCACCAGGGUAAACCACGACAAAACACUCAUGAAGACAACUUGACUUUCGCCGGAAGGCGGCAACAAGGCUGACAGCAGCUGGGCUUUUCAAGCUGUGUUGAGAAGGGGGAAGAGAGAGACAGAUCCAGCCGAAGAAGGAGAAUAAAGGCUGACGGAUACUGACUCCAUGUCUUCGCCUUCAAGUAAAAGAUCUGGUUCUGGAUCACGCAAAUUCAACCUGCUGAGGGCCCUACAGCCUAAGCAACGCUUUCAGCAAAUGCUGUCGUCUCCCACUGCGUCCCCCGCUUUUGACUAUUGCAGGUUUAUAGAGCUAGACUACACACCCAUGGAGUCAGGCAUUAUGGUCUCUAUGAGACAGAGCAGAGGAUUUCUCACACCAAAGUCCCCGGAACGUCACUGUCGACGCAGCCCAGCACCCGUCAGUAACCGUGAUCCUUAUGGAAACGCCUCUGUCAGCAGUAGUAGUAAUUCAGGGUCAUGCAAGGGCAGCGAUGGAAGCCCGACCCAUAGGCGUCACUUAAAAUACACCUCCUGCAAUGAUAACCAUGGUAUCCGACCCCCUCCACCUGAGCAAUACCUAACCCCUCUACAGCAGAAAGAAGUAUGCAUCAGACACCUGAGAGCACGACUCAAAGAAACCGUCGAGAGACUGCAGAACAGGGACACUGAGAUCGAUGCGUUGCGUACCCAGCUGUCCCGUAUGCAGGAGGACUGGAUUGAGGAGGAGUGCCACCGUGUGGAGGCUCAGCUGGCUUUGAAAGAGGCUCGCAGGGAGAUCCAGCAGCUCAAACAAGUCGUCGACGUCGUCCGAUCCAGUCUGGGAGACACCGACACGGGUGUGCAGAAGUGCUUCCAAGACAUAAACCUUCAGAACCACAAGCUGGAGAAUUUAUUGCAGAGCAUGGAGCUGGCUCAGAUUGGGACCGCCAAAGUGGGUGGAGGAGUGGUGGGGGCAGGGCUGGAGGUCAGCGAGUGUCUGGCGGAGUCGUCCGAAGGCUCCCCGGUUCACUCGCUAACCCGCAGCUCUACCUACACCAAGGUAAGCGACCAAGGUGGUCCGGAACGUUGCGGUAACGAAACCGAAUGCGACGUUCCAUGUUUGUCAGGUGAGGGCACGCAGGACAGCGGGUUUGUGUGCUGCGGAGAGAGUGGAAGAGGAGCCAGCAAGGCAGACCUGCUCCUGGAGGCUGCUUUUCUGUCUCAAGAGACAGCCUCGCUGCUCAAUGCGUACUCCCGCCUGCCACACUCCUCCACUUAUGAGGGACUGUGCAACAGUGAAUCCAGAACAGUGCCACUCCGUUGCGGCGAGAUGGGUACUGGGGCCAGCGUCAGUUUAAGUCAUCCCUGUCUAUCCCAUCAUCACCUAUACCUUCACCAUCUGAGAGAGCAAGCUAUUCAAACCGAUUACGACCACGCCCCCAACUCCGCCCCUGCCCAUGGACCCUAUACAUCGUUUAAUUCUGAUCUGGACACUAUUGCCGAGCGCACCUUCCGUUCUCAGGCCUGCAGUCCGACCUCUACCUGGAUGUCUGAUGAGGGAGAUGAUCUGGAGUCGGUAGCCACAGAAUCAGCAGUUACGACAACGGUUGCCACAGCGUCAAUCCUCAUGGACAGUGUUUCCAUAUCUGCUCUAGCGCCGGAGCAUACUGUGCAAUCUGACUUUGAAUCUGUGGCACUGAAUGCAACAGUACACUCUGUCACAGACUCAAAGCCCCGUCCAGAUGUGCCAGUUUUAACAACAGAUCUGACUCCACCUAAUUCUCUAUCCCAAGUAAGCAACUCUGUUCCGCUUGAGCCUACCAGAGACCCUUUGCCAAGUCCCGGCCACUCUCCUUAUUCUAAGCAGCCGUUAGUUGAAAAAGAAGAGGAGACCCUCCCACAAACCACCCAGCCUCGAAGCACACUCUCAGAUGCUGGGGUUGCAGGAGAUCACGUUAUAAACAUACAUCCAGAAGACGAAGAAGUGGAUGAGAGUGCUGCCGACAAUGAUUCCAAUUUGUCCAGCUGUGGGUUACCAGUAAAGAACUACUGGAGCCGUCAUUUCCUAGUGGAUUUGCUCGCGGUGGUUGUGCCAGUGGUGCCCACAGUGGCCUGGUUGUGCCGGGGUACGUACCGUGACGGUCAGCCGAUGUAUCAUAUUGGUUCCCUGCUGCGUGGUUGCUGCACCGUGGCCCUUCAUUCUCUACGUCGAGGGGGAGGUCUUCGCCACUACCCUGCAGGAGGAGGGGGUCCAGGGGGUAUGAAUAUAUGAGACAAACUUUACACUUUUGGGAAGCCACUGAAGGCACUGUUACUCUGUGAGAUGUGCACGUGGAAGGCGGUAGAAAGAAUUAAGGCAGACCCAAUGAAAGGGCAGUUUCUGGACACAGGACCUCGGUGCUGUCAUAAGUGCAGUUUCUUGGCGCUGUGUUGAUCUAUACACUUCUCCAGAGCCUAAUGAAUGGAACGGGGAAGGGGACUCGGUAGCAUUUAUUUACAACUACAAAAUGCUCUUCUUUGAGACUUUCUCUAAAAUUACUACCCAGAGGCUAUGUAUUUGGAAUGAUGGACUGAGACACAAUGAAAGAUACCUUCUAAAAUGAUUGUAUUACCCUUGUUACAAGUGAACGGCCACAAUGUAAUAGGAGGGUUCUGUCUUUUGAAUUUCCCUCACUGGGGAGGGUGUGUCUACCGUAUGUAAUACAUCUGAGUGAGUGUUUGUGUUGUGUCCAUGUACAGUGCAGCCAAAGUACCCAGAUAACUAAUAGCCAUCAUUGUCGUAGCUGUCAGUGAAUUGGUAGCUCUCCCAUUC